AUGAACUUGGAUUACAAUUCUUUAAGUUCAAGUGAUGACCAGUUUGAUGAUAUGGUCAAUAACAUGAUUUUAUACAACGCGUAUCUUGAAGAACAAGAAGACUACGUAAUUCAACAAGCUGUUCAAACAAUUGUUGCUCCAAUCAUAGAAGCCACUCAAAGAAGGUCUCCCAAAAAAAAAAUUAUUCCAAGAGACCGUGCUGAUGCAAAUCAAAGGUUAAUGAACGAUUACUUUGUUGAUCGUCCUCUAUAUACCGAAGACAUGUUCCGACGCAGAUUUCGUAUGCGUCGUCCUCUUUUCUUUCGAAUUAUGAACGCAGUCGCUGCGAAAGACAAAUUUUUUCAACAACUACCAGACGCAACUGGGAAGCUAGGUGCCUCCACUCAUCAGAAAUGCACAGCAGCAUUGAGGUGUCUAGCAUAUGGAUCAGCAUCUGACGCAGUCGACGAGUACAUCAAAAUUGCUGAAUCAACAGCAAAGGAGUGCCUUGUGCACUUUGUGCAAGGAAUUCGAAAAGCUUUUAAGACCGAGUACUUAAGGAGGCCUACAGUAACCGACUUGCAACGCCUCUUACGUGACGGGGAAAGGCGGAGUUUUCCUGGAAUGAUGGGCAGCAUAGAUUGCAUGCAUUGGCAAUGGAAAAAUUGCCCACGAGCAUGGAAAGGGUUGUAUCAAGGUAGGUCCAAAUCUGCAACGGUAAUUCCAGAAGCCGUGGCCUCCGGAGACUUGUGGAUAUGGCAUGCAUUUUUCGGAACACCGGGAACUUGCAAUGAUAUCAAUGUAUUGGCACGCUCUCCGGUGUUUGAUGAUCUUUAUCAAGGAAGAGCUCCUGAGGUCACAUUUAAUGUGAAUGGUAAUACCUAUAAUAGGCGAUAUUACCUAACAGAUGGGAUCUACCCUAAAUGGGCAGUGUUCAUGCCAGCAAUUCGACUCCCACUAUCUCCCGUCGAUGAGUUGUUCACCAAACGUCAAGAAUCAGUUCGGAAAGACGUCGAACGUGCGUUUGGGGUUUUACAAGCACGCUUUGCAAUAAUACAAAGGCCAUCACUCAUUUGGGAUGAGCACUUAAUGUGGGAAAUAAUGCUGGCGUGUAUCAUUCUUCACAAUAUGAUUGUCGAGGAUGAACGGGAUACAUAUCUAAAUUAUCAAGACGCAUCAGACUUCGAGCAAGAAAAUGCCUCGAUUGCUAGUACUUCGUCUAGCCAUAGGCUUGAAACAUUUUCUGUUCAACCUGGUCGCUACAAUGAUAUAGGGAUGCAACAAUAUUUGCAAAGAAGAGCUGAUGCGUGGGAUAGAGAUGUUCACAACUCCUUACAAAAAGACUUGGCUCAACACAUUUGGCACAAUUGUCGCCAAUCAACCAAUGAUGAGUGA